GGGGGCGGGAGAGAUUAGUUUGGGAAGUAGCACGGAUUGCUCAUCCGAUCCGUGCAGCCGCAGCUAGUGUGUCAAGUUACAGAGGCGCCGGAAUCGGCCCCAGCGCUCCUCGGCGGCCGCCACGACCCACCUCUACCCAUGGGGCCCUCCAUGUACGCCCCGUCGCCCCAGGACUGAAACUAGCUCGCCCGGGAGACGGGAGACACCAAGAAGGACAGACAGCGCCGAACCAACUCCGGGACUCUGCAGAUACUUGAAGGGAGAGACGGGGCGGAAAGGAGUGCCGGCCAGAAUCCUCUGACUUCCCUGAACCUGGAACGUUCUUCGAAGUAACUGUUUUUCUCACCUGGGUGUACCCCGGUUAUUUCUGGUUGUGAUUUUUCGGCUUUGCCCCUCCAGCUGCUAUUUUUUCCAUCCUUAUUCCUGGGAGCAAAGGAAAGGGACAUUUUCCAGCGACACAAGCCCUUUCCCCCGGCUCCGCAGCUUGGAUCACGCCUUUGAGCAGCGGCUCUCGCCUUUAUUUAUUCUAUUUAUUUAUUUAUUGGUUCUCAAGACGCGAAGGGAUGGUAGCGGAGCGCGGCCGCAAAGCGACAGCCGCCGGUGCCCGCGGACCUGGGGAGCUGGGCGCGCCCGGGACAGUGGCGCUGGCGGUGGCGCCGGCGGAGCGCUGCGCGCGGCUGCCGAGCCCGGGGUCGUGCGGGCUUCUGGCGCUAGCCCUCUGCUCGCUGGCGCUUAGCCUGCUCGCCCACUUUCGGACCGCCGAGCUGCAGGCCCGGGUGCUGCGCCUGGAAACGGAGCGUGGGGAGCAGCAAAUGGAGACGGCUAUUUUGGGACGAGUCAACCAACUGCUGGAUGAGAAAUGGAAGCUCCACUCUCGGAGGCGCCGGGAGGCCCCGAAGAUGUCUCUAGGAUGUCACUGCCCACCAGGACCUCCUGGUCCUGCUGGAAGACCUGGCCUCCCAGGGGACAAAGGUGCCAUUGGGAUGCCUGGACGUGUGGGAGGAAAGGGCCAACCAGGUGAGAAGGGGGCCCCAGGAGAUGCCGGGAUGUCCAUCAUCGGUCCCCGUGGCCCCCCAGGCCAGCCGGGCACUCGAGGUUUUCCUGGAUUUCCGGGUCCCAUUGGGCUUGACGGCAAACCGGGCCACCCCGGACCAAAGGGGGAGAUGGGCCUGGCGGGUCCCCCAGGACAGCCGGGACCUCAAGGACAAAAAGGAGAAAAGGGUCAGUGUGGAGAGUACCCACAUCGGCUGCUGCCUCUCCUCAAUUCAGUGCGGCUGGCUCCACCCCCAGUCAUUAAAAGGCGGACCUUCCAGGGUGAACAGGGCCAGGCUGGCAUUCAAGGCCCACCAGGGCCACCAGGCCCUCCUGGACCGAGUGGACCUCUGGGGCACCCAGGACUGCCAGGGCCUAUGGGGCCACCUGGCUUACCUGGGCCUCCUGGACUGAAGGGAGACCCAGGGAUCCAGGGCUACCACGGCCGAAAGGCCAGCAAUCCAGCGUCAUCAGGUCUGGGGACCAAGGUUGAAGAGCCAGCCUCCCAGGUGGUCGGCCAGGCCGGCCUGGGGGUCUCAGGCCUGGUCCCACAGCAGUUGCCACCAUCUGUGCUCUGUGCACCUGGGGGAGAACGGGGCAUGCCAGGGAUGCCGGGCAAACAGGGCGCAAAGGGGGCUCCUGGAAUCACUGUGGCUGGGAUGAAGGGUGAGCCGGGGACCCCAGGAGCCAAGGGUGAGAAGGGGGCUGCCGGUCCCCCUGGGCUUCUCGGCCUCCUGGGGCAGAAGGGAGAAAAAGGUGAUGCUGGCAACUCCAUUGGAGGAGGCCGAGGGGAGCCCGGUCCCCCAGGGCUCCCUGGGCCCCCAGGGCCAAAGGGGGAUGCUGGAGCUGAUGGCCAGGCCGGCCCCCCAGGACGGCAAGGAGACAAGGGGGAGCCUGGAGCAGCUGGAGAACAAGGACCUGCUGGCCCCAAGGGCUCCAAGGGCGAACCAGGGAAAGGAGAGAUGGUGGACUACAACGGAAACAUCAACGAGGCUCUCCAGGAGAUCCGGACGCUGGCCUUGAUGGGACCCCCUGGUCUUCCCGGGCAAAUUGGCCCACCCGGAGCUCCAGGGAAUCCAGGACAGAAGGGGGAGAUUGGACUGCCAGGCCCUCCAGGACAUGAUGGCGAAAAGGGACCUCGAGGCAAACCAGGAGAUGUGGGCCCUCCUGGUCCCCCAGGGGCCCCCCCAGGAAAGGCUGGGCCCGCAGGAAUGAAGGGAGAAGACGGACCCAUGGGGAGCCCAGGAGAGAAGGGGGAGAAAGGGGAGACGGGGCAGCCAGGCCCACCGGGUCUAGACGGCCCAACUGGGGAGAAAGGAGAACCAGGUGGCCAAGGGAGACCCGGAGCGACCGGAUUGCCUGGCCCAAUCGGGCUCCCAGGAUUUACAGGAGAGAAAGGAGAACCCGGGGAGAAAGGUGACCCAGGAGUGGAGGUUCCUGGGCCACCAGGACCAGAGGGGCCUCCCGGACCUCCGGGCCUCCAAGGCAUUCCUGGACCAAAGGGUGAAGCAGGACUAGAUGGAGCAAAAGGAGAAAAGGGUGUCCAGGGAGAAAAAGGAGACCGAGGUCCUUUGGGAUUACCCGGAGCUUCAGGUUUGGACGGCAGGCCUGGGCCACCGGGUACUCCAGGACCAAUUGGAGUUCCAGGCCCAGCGGGACCAAAGGGAGAGAGGGGCAGCAAAGGCGACCCCGGGAUGACAGGACCAACAGGAGCAGCUGGGCUUCCUGGUUUGCACGGACCACCCGGGGAUAAAGGCAACCGGGGGGAGAGGGGGAAGAAAGGCUCUAGAGGGCCUAAAGGGGAUAAGGGAGACCAAGGAGCGCCUGGAUUAGAUGCCCCCUGUCCAUUGGGUGAAGACGGCUUACCAGUCCAGGGCUGCUGGAACAAGGGCCAGAGUCCAUGGUUAGUUGCCAAAAAGUGAAGCCAGCCUUGGGGAAAAGGCCUUACCCUGGAGGAAGGAGAAGACAGCACUGCCUCUGGACAGAGGGACGCGGGCUGAACCCUUUCCGGGGCGUGGCUUGAGAGGCAAUCACAGGGUGACCACAGGAGAGCGCGGGCCACCUGCCGUCUCCAAGGGCCAGAGCCCCCCAGCAGAGCGCAGGCUCGCCCACCUCCUCCACUCUCUGCUGGGGUUUCUGCUGCGGCGCUGCAGCUGGCGCGCUCUGCUGUUGCUGCACUGCAAGGGCGCUGGGAUGCCCUUCUGCCGCGGAGAACUGGGGAUUUUUGUGCAACAACCCUUCUGCAGAAGUGGCUGAUUGUCACACUCUGACCCUGGAAGGCCUCCCCAGGAGGCUGUGGCCAGAGACCAGUCACCUCUCCAGCUCCUUCUCAACUGAGUUCCUUUAACUUCCUUUGGUGCUGCCACCAUUAACCCUUUAACUUCCUGGGUUCUUUCAAAUAUCAUAAACUGAUAAGUGUACCAAGCUGUAAAAGCAGAGUAUUUGUCUUCGAGAGGAAGGCAUGACAGUAUCAUAGAGGAGAGAAGCCCACGAGCAAGAUGGCGAUGAGCUUGGAUGUCUGGGCUGGCCCUCAGAGCCAAGGGGCCUCACACAUCGAGUCUGCAGUCUUGAGACGAUGGAGAGGCACAGCAAGCUACAUAUUUUCAAGAGGAUCUGGAAUAAGACUUCUUCCUUAAGCAAAACUGUUGAAGGGACAGGGCCUGGAAAUUACCCAUCACUACCUUCCUUCUCACUUGGUCCCCAUACAGAGGCUUGGUGGGUACCGCUGGGUUUUUACAGCCAAAUUAACCAGCCGCCCAAUGCUCCUUCCAUCCUCAGGUCAUAGGAGAAAUAAAAAACAUCCCUAUAUGACAUGACACAUGAGUGAAGGGGUUUGAGGACUUUCAGUGACUCACAGAAUCCUGAACAUUUGCAUAUAGUCAAAUGGUCUUUAUCAUCUGCCAGCAAACCACCAGCUCCGAACCAACAACACAAGAGGAAGCCAGAUCCAUCAUGGCCACAUUUGAAAGAGGAAACUGCCGGUGCCUGGGCUCAUUUCACUCUAAGAAAUGCAGCAAAGUCGCCUGCUAAGUGACAUUUUUCUUGCACUCCGCUCAUUCCAAAGACACAGUGUUUUAUUGCAAAAGUCUGCCAAAAUAAACAUGCCUGCAACUCCCCUAGCCAGUGGGAAGCACUCUGGCCCAGGAGGAAGGAGGUCUGUGUGCCGGCCCUGACUGCCCCUUGCCGGCUGGGCAACCUUGGAUAAGUGCUCCCCAUGCUCUGAGCCUCCCCUCCCUCAUUUAUAACCUGGAGCAUGGGAGGACUAGCUCUGUGAACGGACUCGGAACACAGGAAAGAGCUCUAUAAAGGUUAGACAAUGAGAUGGUUAGUGCUCAGUUCAAGAGAGAAAAAAAAACCUUGCUUUUUGUAGUCAAACCUCAAUUAACUGGAGUCACUUGAGAAAUGGUUCAUUAAAAUUUCUGGCGAAAUUAGGUUCAAUAAUAAUAACGCUAAAUAAUAGAGAUGUAGACACAUCUCCAACCCAGGGUGGCCCACCUGGGAUGGGACACAAGAAUGGAUGUGGACUGCCCCUGGCAAGUUGCUUUUUACAAGUGAAUUCCAUAUAUGUUCAUAGGUUUUUCUUUCUUUUUGCUAAAAAGAGAAAAAUUAGCAGUUUUUAAAAAUCUUUUUUUAAAAUUACAGUUCCCCAUAUUCCUGGUUGAAUGAGGACUUUCCCUUUUGUCGGCUCCAACAUACUGAUUCAGGGCCUGUUCCCAUCUCCCCAGCAGCCCCACCCUCCCGCUCCCCUCCUGCGCCUCUUAGACCCUGGGGCCGAGACUCCCCAAGUGGUCAAUCUGUCGUCUUACGUUUAACAAUCAUUACCUCGGUAUUUCAGUAGAAAAAGUUUCAUUGCACUGUGUCUUGCAGGAAAUUUCAGUGCAGUUAAUUGCAGGUUUAAUGUAUUUUUAAGGUGAGUCAGAACCUAAUUUUCAGAAUUGCAUAAUGAAGAUCAACAGCUUAUCUGACUGACUGUACAGACUGGGGAGUAGGAUAAAGAGGUUUUCAGGAGUAAUUCCUCGAAUGAUAAAAGCACUCAUGAAUUACGAUUUUUUCCUUGUGGUAAUUAUUUUUGGUAAGGAUCUAUCCAUACUGCAGGACUUUGGUAUGGAAGAAAAAAAAAUGUGCCUGUGUAUAGUUUGCUCAUGGUGUAAGUUUUUCUAGCAUUUCUGUUUUGAUGUUAUAGCAAGAUGUCUUCUUUUCUUUUUUUAUGACUUUUAAAAAGUUAUUUCCCUCAAGCUUUCCUUUGGGUCAAAAGCGCCUCCUGUGAAGGCAGCCCGGUGCUAAGAUCCUAGAGUGAGGCCUCCGACACCCCCUUCCCACCCUAGGUGUCCCCAGUGAUAGGCGGUCCCGUCCUCACCCCCGCAGGAAUCCCUGUGGCAUUCUGGUGCCUUUCGCCAAAAAGGGGUCAUUUUUCAAUAGGCAGGACCUUUCCUGGCUCCAGGUCAGUCACUGGUCCCCAUGGUGCCCCCUUCCAUGUCCCCGCAGUGCUGGGGCUUGCGUCCCCUCACCUGGUCAAGCAGAUGGUGAGAGCUUGGAAGGUUUCUACCUUCUUGCUGUGUUUGUCACCUUCCCAAAUGGUUCCCAAAGCCUCUUAUAUAGACUUCAGACCACCCCCUCCCAAGGGAUAGGACCCCCAGCCCCUCAGCCUGGACGGUCCUCUGGAUCUUUCCUUUGUUCCCGCCCUAUCACACCCCAACCGGGGAGGGAUUUCUCACCUCCUUAUCUUACCCUGGUUCUGUUGUCUAUUUUUCAGUUCUCUCUCCGUUCACUCUUCACCCUCAGACAACUUGGCUCCCGCCUCUCUCCUGUCUCUGUUUCCCCACCAUCUUCUGCCCCUCAGAGACCCUCCCCACUACUUCCUUCAGCUCAGUCCACUGAGCAUCAUCUUAGCUCACCUCAGCAGCCCGAGGCCCCUGGGGUGAAAACUGCAGUCUGGGCGUGUGGGACAGUUUUGUUUUCCUAACAAACACUACUAAUGCCUUUCAUUUAAAUAGAGUCCUUGACAGAUUAUCACUUAUCUUAUUCUGUGCCUCGUAAGAGAAAAGCCACACUUUUGUUUUAUUCUAUUUGAUUUUCAGUUUCUAUUCUGAAUCUGAUAGAACAUAGUUAUUAGGACCUACUGGUGAAGAAAUGCUUUGUUUUCUGGUCUGAGGGUCAUAAGCAAAGCCUCUAGGGUUUCCCACCAGUUUUAAGUUCAAUAUGUCACAGCAAACUUCUCGUUACAGAGCCGUGACACGCGCCAUCUCCAGAGGAAGGCAGCGGUGCCGAGAGUUUCCGUUUCCUCAUCCUUAAAAAUAAAGGGUGAGACUAGAUGUAAUAUUUUGUGAUUCUACAAUUCAGUAGCUUUUUUGCUGAUUUCAACAGGUCAAAGGCAUUUUUCCUCACGCCUGUCAGGGGUGUGUUUGGUUUUGUUUUCAACCGUGCGUCUGUAUUUUCUGACUUUAAGAGGGGCUCUGGCUCAAGCCUGAGUUGAGAAACGCCCCCUCCUCACCAAAUCUGGGUGGGAAGUUGCAGUGGACAAGGAGUGGCGACAAUUUCCUGUGCUGGUUCUUUCCUCUUCCUUUGGGAACUCAUUUGGUUUCCUCCCAUCCAUGCAUUGCUGGAAUCUGGAAUGAGGUCUCUAACACAAUAUGAGACGUUCAGAGAAACCCAGUGCCAAGUAUUUGUGGCAAGAAAUAGAACAGCUAGCUAAUCUUUUUCCUUAAAUUCAACUCUUUGGUUUCUAGCUUAGCCAAAAGUAAGCAAGCCGGUUCCAUGGCCAUCAAAGACCCCCAUGAAAGACCCUCAGUAUUUCCCAUGAAUGAGCAGGUGUCCGCAGGGUUCCUGUGGUCGUGGCCAUCAGAGCUCAGUGUGUGCUCAAGAAUGAUCAAUGUAAGAAAAUAAAUCUCUAAACAGUUCUGUUGCUCUUAUGUGGCCAAAAGGGCUUAUAACUGUAUUGAAGAGAAAAUUAACAGCUGUGUUUUAUGUGCUACUGGAAGGCGUUACUGCAAGUUGGUGCAAGAUGAAGUGAUCUCUGGGAAUAUGACUGUGCAUGGACCAUGCAAAAACACGUGUCUUCCAAGCCCUUACCCAGCAGGGUAGGGGCAGAACAGAGCAUCAUUCACCUACACCAACUGGCUAAGAAAUAAGAGGUUACCUGGCUUAGUGGAAAUGACUGGUUCUACGUUGGGGGCGUAGCUUCCAGUCCCCUGUCCAAACGUUAACAUAAUCAUAAACCAGGCAUGUCCCCACUUGGAAGGAGGCCCUGAAGGAAGUCUGGUUUCUCCAGUUAAAGUUUUCUCUUCUGAAGUGGCCAUUCAUGCAGGCGUUCCUCACCAAAUCCUGAGGCACUGACGCUGGGCUCUUCAGAGCAAGUGCAGCUCUGAAGGUCAGAGCUCCCAGCUCCCAGCCCGUCCACACCAACCUGCUGGCCCAGGAGAAAGACACCUCCUGGGGCGCUGGAGACCUGGGGCAUCUUGGGUUCCUACUACCUCCUCACAAAGGCAUUCACUGGAUGGUGGUAACCUGAGAGCAUGACCACCCAAGGCCCUGGCUUCAGCCUCUCACUACUGACCACAGGGACUGCUUCUGGGCAGAAUCCCUGUGCCUCAGAACUUACUUUUCUCCAACAGCCUGUCUGUUAUGCCGGACUCCACCAAGCACCAUGGCCUCUUCCAUUUACGAUCUAAAAAAACGCCUCCAAAGAAUUUUAAUUACUCUAUUUUAAGUUUGAGAGCUUCCUUUAUAAGAAACAUUAUAGAAUCUCACAUCAUAUUCCAUCAAUUUAGUAAAAAUGCCAUUUUACCAGGAAAAAACACUAAGGGCAAAAUGUCCAAUUCCCUUAUUCCCAGCACCUCCCUUCUGCCCAGCUGGACACUGCAAACUUCCACCACAGUCCAGGGCUGAUCUUACCAGCCUGUUUAUUGAAGCAACCGGAUUUUAUGCAUUUGUUAAUUUUACACCUUCAUUUAAGCUUUUUUUCCCCCUUGUUAUUUGGUGCAUCUGGGGUACAGUGUUUAAAUGCACAGUAUUUUAUUUCCACGAUGAGCUUGACAGUGGGAAAGAAUUUCUCUAGCUUCUCACAACCUUCAGGUAAUUUCAGAACUGUUUAAAUCGUACACACCCAUUUACACAUUUUGUGCGGUUGCUAACUUCAUGUAUGUAAAUAUCUUUUAUUGUUAUCUCUUGGUACUUUAAGAACUAUCUGUUUUUUACUGUGAUCACUAUCACCAUUAUCCUUUUGUCAUUCUUAAAUUUGGGUAUUUUUUCUGGUGCGCUCAAUUUAUUUUUCUAAUCUCCUUUGAUAUUUUGGAGUUAUGUUAUUUGUGUUAGUAGACGCGGGAAAGCUCUUUGCUGAAGCAGUGAGCAAGCUCUUUGUUAGGUAUUGACAUUAACAGAUCGGUCCUUUUAAAUGCUACCUAUGUG